UAAUUUUAACUUAAUUAAUACUCGGGUGUAAUAAAUUGAACAAAACACUUCAAGAUGGAAAAAAUAUAUCUGAGAAGCUACUUCCUAAUGGCUUUACAAAACCUUAGGAGGAAAUAAUAGAGGAUCUAUUAGAACCUAACAUGGAAAUAGAAAUUACAGAAGCUGUCAUAGUACCUAAGGAGGAAAAAGUAGAAGACCUUUUAGUACCUAAAGAGGAAAUAACAGAUAACCUCCUAGUACCUAAGAAAGAAGUUAUAAAAGAUCCUGGAGUACCUAAGGAAGAAAAAAUAGACAAUUUGUUAGUGCCUAACAUGGAAAUGGAAAUAAUAGGAAACCUAGUACUUAAAAAAGAAAUCAUAGAAGAUCUUAUAGUACCUAAAGAGGAAAUAACAGAAAACCUCCUAGUACCUAAGAAAGAAGUUAUAAAAGAUCCUGGAGUACCUAAGGAGGCAAAAAUAAACAACUUGUUAGUGCCUGACAUGGAAAUGGAAACAAUAGGAAACCUAGUACCUAAAAAAGAAGUCAUAGAAGAUCUUAUAGUACCUAAGGAGGAAAUAGAAGACCUCAUAGUGCCUAAAGAGGAAAUAACAGAAGACCUAGAGGUAAACUUUGAAAAGGACUGUGAUUAUAGUAAUGACUUCAUUAUACCAGAGCAAAAACCUUCCACCUCAAUUCAACACUUGGAAGAUUUGAACGAACAGAAAGAAAUCAAUAAUUCAGUACUAAUUAAAACAGAAUCACCCUUUAAUAAUAUUGUUCUAUUACAAAGACAAUUAGGAGUAUCUGAUGAUGGGCACGACAUAGACAAAAAUAUGUCUACCGGACAUAUUGUCACAGAGCCUAAAAAUGAAUCGAAGGAUAAAGAAAGUGUUUCUGCAGACUGUUCUUCACAUGACUCAACAUCGCUGAAAGAAUGUUUGCGGACCCAAUGCGGUAGAUACGUUAAGAAAAAGAAAAAGGAACCGCACAUUUGCGAAAUUUGCGACAAAGACUGUAAAUACAAAUACGCUUUGGUCGCCCACAUGCGGACACACACUGGAGAGAAACCGUUCGCCUGUGACCAGUGCGACGCUAAAUUCGCCAAAAAGUAUUAUCUAACUACCCACAAAGUCGCGCACACUGGUGAAAAACCGUUUUCCUGCCACAUAUGCCAUGUCAAAUUCUCAAGGAAAAGCAAUCUGUCAACACACAUAAAGUGUCACACAGAUGAAAAGACGUACAUUUGUUAUCUGUGCGAGGCUACGUUUAAACAGAGGAAUAGUUUGACUCGGCAUAUGAGAAUUCACACUGGUGAAAAACUCUACUCUUGCAGUCUAUGUCCGUCUAAAUUCACACACAACAGUACGCUGAACAGUCAUAUGCGCACCCACUCAGGGGAGAAGCCUUUUUCCUGUGAGCUGUGUCACGCUAAGUUCAUACAGAAGACUGCGUUGAAUACACAUAUGAAGUCCCACUCGGACGAGAAGAACAUUUGUUGCGAGCUAUGUCCUGCUAAGUUCAAACAUAAAUGUAGUUUGACUAUUCACAUGAGGACCCAUCACUAGUCAAAACUUUUACGAGGUACGGAACCCUAAAAAAUUAAAAACCGACUUCUAAAACCACUACAAAGUAAAAAAAAUAUUGUUUCUAUACGUGUAUACUGUAAGUAUGUUAUGAAGUUGGGCGAGCUU